UGCCACCGUAUUUCCGCGUUCACGCAGUUAUCAAUGACUCUUUAUGGAGGUACACCAGCAGCGGCGUCGCUGCUGUUGUUGUUGUUGUUGUUGUUGUUGUUGUUAUCAUCGCCCUGCACGGUGGCGGCUGACUGUUGUCUGCUCUGAAUCAAUGAGACCUUAACUACCAGAGGAGCUUCCUCCAUCUCCUCCUCAUCCUCAUCCUCAUCCCCCCAGCAACCACCGCUUCCUUUCGAGCCCUGUCGUCGAGCAGCAGCGCGGACGAGCUGGGGGGGAAUCCGGGGAAAGGGAGCCGCGGCGCCGCGCACCGGCCGACGGACACAGCGGCGCGGCGCGGCGGCGGCAACAACAACAUGCUCACCCGGGUCAAGACGGCCGUGGCCGGGUUCAUGGGUGGGAUCAUGACCGGGGGGAGCUCCGGUGGGGGCGGGAAUUCGUCUUCGGAUUUGCCGAUGAAAUUUCCCUACAUGAGACCUGAGUUCCUGGGACUGUCCGCGGAUGAAAUCGAGUGCUCCGCGGACCACAUAGCCCGGCCCAUCCUCAUCCUGAAGGAAACCAGGAGAUUACCGUGGGCCACCGGAUACGCUGAGGUGAUCAAUGCUGGUAAGAGCGCGUUGAACGAGGACCAGGCCUGCUGCGAGGUGGUCGUGGCCAGAAGGAGACCGAUGAGCUACUGUCCCCCGUCCACGCCCAGCAAGACCCCGACGGCCAAGAGACGCAACUCGCUCCCCAACGGCGAGGCCCUGGGCCUCCGCGUGGAACACAUGAUGGGCGAGGAGAGCGAAGGGCUCGUGUUCCACUACUGGGCUUUGUUCGACGGUCACGCCGGCUCAGGCGCGGCGGUCGUCGCCUCCCGCCUGCUGCAGCACCACAUCGCCUGCCAGCUUCAAGCCGUCAUAGAGAUCCUGCGCAACCUCCACUCGCCGCCCCCCACCGUGCUGGGCGAGGAGCCCGACAGCAGCCCCUACCUGCAGGGGAACCCCCCGGGGCCGCACCGCGCCCUGACGCGGGCCGCCUCGCUGCGGGGGGCCGCCGGCGCCCCGAGCUCGCCGUGCAGCACUCCACCUCCGCCGCGCUUCUACAUGGAGAAGAAGGUCCAACACGAGAGCCUGGUGAUCGGAGCAAUAGAGAACGCCUUCAAGGAGAUGGACGCCCAGCUCGAGAGGGAGAAACAAGUGUACAGCAUCAGCGGCGGAUGCACGGCGCUCACCGUGGUUUACCUGCUGGGGAAGUUGUACGUCGGGAACGCAGGCGACAGCAGGGCCAUCAUCAUUAGAGGCAACGAGAUCGUCUCCAUGUCGACGGAGUUCACGCCAGAGUCAGAACGCCAGCGACUGCAGUUCCUGGGCUACAUGCAGCCGCAGCUGUUGGGGAACGAGUUCACGCAUUUGGAGUUCCCCCGCAGGGUUCAGAGGAAGGAGGUGGGCAAGCGGAUGCUCUACAGGGACUUCACCAUGAACGGAUGGGCAUACAAGACUGUUGAGGAUGAAGAUCUCAAGUUUCCUCUUAUUUACGGCGAAGGCAAAAAGGCGCGGGUCCUGGCAACCAUCGGAGUGACCCGGGGGCUCGGUGACCACGACCUCAAAGUUCACGACUCCAACAUUUACAUCAAGCCGUUCCUGUCCUGUAUUCCUGAGGUGAAGGUGUACAACCUGACGCAGCACGAACACGGGACCGACGACGUCAUGGUGAUGGGAACCGACGGCCUCUGGGACGUCCUGACCAACGAGGAGGUAGCCGAAGCCGUCACCACUUUCCUGUCCAACUGCGACCCCGACGACCUGCACAGGUACACGAUGGCGGCGCAAGACCUGGUGAUGCGAGCGCGGGGCGUGCUGAGAGACAGAGGCUGGAGGAUCACCAACGAGCGGCUGGGCUCCGGAGACGACAUCUCCGUCUUCAUCAUCCCCUUGAUGUACGGCAACCGGCAGCCCUGACCCGGUCCCCGCAGGGCGGCCCGUAAACAUGAACGAACCGGAUCGAUAAGUCCCGAACACUGAAAACUCCUUCUGAUUACCUAUUUUAUUUAUUUCCCUUUUAAAAAAAAAAAGAGAAAAAAAAUGAAGGAGAAAAAAAAAACAUAAACAUACUCUGCUGGUGCUUCGUUUCUCUGAAUCGGUUUAAAAUUGAAGAAACUGAUGUUUGAAGGUUUUAAAAGGCGGCGAUGCACACGACUACACCCGGACUUUGUGAAAUAAGGGAAUAGGGGAAGAAAAACUUCUUUCUUGUCCUACUUUUCUCACCCUUUCUUUCUCUCCCGUCCUGUUUGGCCGAUCUUAUCUCAAGAAUCAUGCCACCGUCGUCUGAACUUGGACCCAGCUGACAGGUCGGCUGCUUUUUUUUUUCUUUUUCUCUCCGUUUUGCCACAAUGUGGCAUUUGAAGGCUCAGUUGCUGAUGAACGGCGUCCUUGGACAAACGGCGCGAUCGUUGAAGGCAACCUGGUUGAAGAUAAAACCUCCUGAACCAACAUUUGGAACAUUAUGUGCUAAAGUUGGUUCUAAAGUUUACACUGCUGGGCUCAUAUAAAGUUUGGUUAGUAUUUAAUUUGUCUACGGUUUUAUCUUUUCACUGUGUUGCGCACUAUCUGACAUGAGUUAAUGUUCUUUAACAAUGCACUUUUUACAAAAAAAAUCAUAUUUCUUAUUUGCUUUUCAUCGCUUUGUUAAAGUAUCCCAAGCACUUUAAGCUUUUUCCCAUUUUCUCAUGUUGCAACAACAAACUUCUCUGCAUUUCGGUGGGCUUUAUUUAACAGACCAACACAAAGUUGUUGUUUGUUACAAUGAUGCUGCCACCACCGUGUUUUACCAUGGGAAUGGUGUGUUCAGGGUGAGGGGGAGAAAAAAGAAGUGAAAUUUAGCUAUGGUUUCUGUACUAGAUUUGAGUCUGGACUUGGAUUGAGCCUUUCAAUAGGAAACAUUUCCAUGUCCCCUGUGGAUUAAAGCAUCCCCACAGCAUCAUUCUGCCACUACUAUGUUUCGCCAUGGCAUGCAUUUGUACU